AUGGAGAGUGCAGAGAAACCCACCGAGGAGGCGGAGCUGCUGGCGCUGUCGCGGGAAAAGGUGUUAGGCGGCUCGGUGUGUAGGAAGCUGGCGGGUCCAAUGGCCUCCACCGAGCAUAGCAAAGAGCUGGAGGAGGUGGGCAGCAUGAGGACUCCUUUGCGGCAGAAUUCCGCUCGAGCCGGCCGGAGCCAAAGACCUUCUGGCUGGAGGAGGAGACGCCCUCGACCCCGCCUCUCCCAUAAGGGGCCGAUGCCAUUUUAGAGCAAGGCACAGCUUAGAGUGCCCUCCCCCUUGGUUCUGAUUUCUAUGCUCUUCCUUUGCCUUGGGGGGCCUUGCAACAAGGGGCCUUUGCUAGCCCAGCCUGAAGAGUGAUGUCCAUAGCACCUGCUGGUUCUUCAAGCAACUCUUCUUCUGUCCACAAAAAAAACCAGGACAAGCCACUCACCCUCAGCUCUACGAAGAAUUGUGGGCCGGAAAC